AUGGCCAGUAUUGUGAUCGUCGCAUCCGGAGGCCUGCUGCUCAUGAUCGAGAAAGGAAUGCUAAGCGGCGUCGAGACGCCUCCGCCCCGGGGAAGCAGGAGACUGGCUGUCGGCCGGCACAUCGGCCAACCGGAGCGGGCGACGGAGGACGUGGAGUCGCAGAUCCUCCAGGACAUCCGAAACCGGACCAUGACGUCCAUGUGCAGCCAGAAGAACAUGCCGCGCAGCCUGUGGUCGCUGACGCCGCAGCAGAGGAAGACGCUGCUGCAGCACGUGCUGGUCAACGACGAGUACCGCUUCCUGUACUGCUACGUGCCCAAGGUGGCCUGCUCCAAUUGGAAACGCGUGCUGAAGGUGCUGGGCGGCGCCUUGGAGAGCGUGGACGUCAAGAUCAAGAUGGACCAUCGCAGCGACUUGACUUUUCUGUCCUCGCUCAAGCCGGAGGGGAUCCGCUACCGGCUGCAGCACUACUUCAAGUUCAUGUUCGUGCGUGAGCCCAUGGAGCGCCUGCUCUCCGCCUACAGGAACAAGUUCGGCGAGAUCGAGUCGUACCAGCGCAAGUACGGCGCCGAGAUCGUCAAGCGCUACCGCAAGAGCCGCGGCGGCAAGGGCUCGCGCGUCGCCGGCGACGACGUCACGUUCGCGGAGUUCGUCCGCUACCUUCUGGACGAGGACGUGGAGCGGAUGAACGAGCACUGGAUUUUCACGAGGAGUGCAGGACUGGCGCGAGGCGCGACGUACAGCUGCGCAGGGGUGUGCUAG